AAGUGGAGAAAAACACAAUCACUCCACAGCGCCAACUCAUGGCCGCCGCCGCCGCCGGUCGCCGCCUCGGCCGGAGCAGACCCCUCCUCCUCCUCCGCCUCCCUGGCCACGCCCGAUCCCAUGGCUCAACCCCCGUCCUCCUGCGCGCCGUUGCUGCCUCCCCCUCCUCCCCUCGCAGCCACAGCGCGGGGAGGCGGCCCCCGGGCCUGCAGUCCACGCUGUGGCCGCUGGGCCACCCGGGCACGCUCCUGGUGCCGGAGAUCGAGCGGUGGGCGGCCAAGCCCGGCAACCGCCUCCGCCCCGUCGAGCUCGAGCGCAUCGUCAAGGAGCUCCGCAAGCGCCGCCGCCACCGCCAGGCCCUCGAGGUCUCCGAAUGGAUGAAUGCCAAGGGACAUGUAAAAUUUCUACCAAAGGAUCAUGCUGUUCACCUGGAUUUGAUUGGUGAAAUCCAUGGAAGCAGCGCAGCAGAGACCUACUUCAAUAACCUGUCAGAUAAAGAUAAGACAGAGAAACCCUAUGGUGCACUUCUUAACUGCUACACUCGAGAACUCUUGGUUGACAAAGCCUUGGCUCAUUUUCAGAAGAUGAAAGAGCUGGGUUUUGUGUUCUCGCCACUUCCCUACAACAACAUCAUGGGCCUUUAUACGAACCUAGGACAGCAUGAAAAGGUCCCUUCGGUAAUUGCAGAGAUGAAAAGCAACAGUAUCAUUCCUGAUAACUUCAGCUACAGAAUAUGCAUAAAUUCUUAUGGCACAAGGGCAGAUUUUUUCGGAAUGGAGAACACCCUUGAAGAGAUGGAGUGUGAACCUCAAAUCGUUGUUGAUUGGAACACCUAUGCUGUCGUGGCUAGCAACUACAUCAAGGGCAACCAAAGGGAGAAAGCAUUUUCUGCCUUAAAGAAAGCAGAAGCAAAAAUAAAUACAAAAGAUUCAGAUUCCUAUAACCACCUGAUUUCCUUAUAUGGACAUUUGGGGGACAAAUCAGAGGUCAAUAGGCUGUGGGCUCUCCAAAUGUCCAACUGCAAUAGGCAUAUUAAUAAGGACUACACUACAAUGCUUUCAGUGCUUAUGAAGAUUGAUGAGAUUGGAGAAGCUGAAGAAUUGCUCAAAGAGUGGGAGUCAAGCGGAAAUGCAUUUGACUUCCAAGUUCCAAAUGUCCUUCUCACUGGAUACCGCCAGAAGGGCUUGCUGGACAAGGCAGAGACGCUUCUUGAUGACUUCUUGAAGAGGGGAAAGAUGCCCCCUUCAACCAGCUGGGCGAUUGUGGCAGCUGGCUAUGCGGAGAAAGGUGAUGUUGUGAAGGCAUAUGAACUGACAAAGAAUGCCCUGUGUGUAUACGCUCCAAAUACUGGUUGGAACCCUAGGUCAGAGAUUAUUGAGAUGAUACUUAAGUAUCUUGGAGAUGAAGGUGAUCCUGAGGAGGUUGAAACUUUCAUUGAUCUGCUGAAAGCUGCUGUGCCAAUGAACUCAGCUAUGACUGACGCUUUGUCAAGGGCCCGAAUGAGAGAAGAAAAAAAUGUUAAAGAUGCAGUGUAAGCUCCUAGCUCAACAAAAGAAUUGUGAUAAUGUUUCUCGAGCUCUGAAGGCUGUUCUCUAAUCUGACUAGUUACUUUGUUCUUGGUACAUUUCUUCCUCUCUUUUAGGGCAAUUUUUUUUUCUUUUUUUAGGAGAAUGUGGGUGGAGAAUGAUAACCAAAAUGAGAUAUUAUCUUACGUAAAAUAGCCUGUACCUUGUCCCGUCUUUUUGAUGAAUUGGUCCUUUUUUGAACAACUUA